GGGCGUGACUUGUUUGACAUUUUGUGUUUGCUGACGGUUGCACACAUAUUAUCAGUUAUAUUUAUAAUGCUCUUCCUUCUUUCAAAUGUAACCAAGCUGAAAACAUGUUGGUCUACAUUUGUAAUUCAAGUAUUAUCAUUAAUAAAUAAAUAAAUAAAAUAUGAUUUAAAAAAAGUUAAACUAUGCCAAAACAAAUGAGCAGACAAGCCUGUGAAGCUAUAGAAGACCUACAUGCGCCAACAUUAAGGAAAAAACGAACAGAACUAGGGAUAAAGGCUCCUCUCAUGUUUAGUAAAGCUACUUUGUUGAAACUUUACAAACAAAACAAGGGCAAUGGCAACGAUGUUUCUAAUAGGGCAUCUGAUGUAACUGAGGAACUAAUGGCGCAUCUGUAUCCAAUACUAAUGAUGAAGAGGCUGAUAUCACAGCAUUGGGGAGUACAUCGUCCCAGAGCAUUACUUAAAACCAAGGGGAACUACUGUUUGAGGCUAUAAAUAGUCUAAAGGACAUGGUUGCAUCACAGAAAACGUCAAGUUCUCGUAUACUGAUUUCUGAGGAUAACUGACAGAUUAAUGGAGAGGCAUCACCUGAUAUGGGUCUUGGCUUGCAUGGCGUUCUGAUGGAGAACAUACAAAAUAUAGAUGUAAUUUUGAACAGCCUCGGGAGAUCUAUCAUAGAAGGUAUAGAGGUUCUUGUACCUGACAUUUCAAAAUUUGGGAAAGUUAUUUUACGUUAUUUGAUAAAAAGAUGUGAAUGAUGUUGCACUAGAUAAAAUAACUGAAGAAAUGGUUUGGAAUGAAACUGUCAACUAUUCUUGGGGAAUUUGACGGGAUCUUCUAAUAAACCUUGUUAAUGAAUCAAUAAACAGACUGAAUUAAACUGAAUUAAAAAA